CCCCCGCCGCUACCGCCGUCCCUUCCCGGCUGAGGUGAGGGAGGUGGCGGGCGGCCUCCCCCCGCGCCCCCGCCCUGCCGCGGCCCUUGCCGGCUCCUCCCGCCGCGGUGCCGUUCCCCCCUUGGGGCGGGCGGGCCGCCGUAUCCGGGAGGGGAAGGGGACAGAGCAUCCUCCAGGGGAAACGGCCCGUUCCCCGGCAACCGGCGAGGCUUCCCCAAGGGGCACCGGGUGCCCCGCGCCCGAGCCCCCGAAAUAGCGUGUCGGGCCCCGGGGGCUCUGUAACAGCCCCGGCCCCGCGCUGCAGGAUGUGAUCUUCAUGGUGAGCUGGUGGGAAAACUGAGUUGUAAAUCACCCCAAUGGAUGCGGACAGUGAUGUUGCAUUGGACAUUUUAAUAACAAAUGUAGUGUGUGUUUUUAGAACAAGAUGUCAUUUAAACUUGAGGAAGAUUGCAUUAGAGGGAGCAAAUGUGAUAUACAAGCGUGAUGUUGGGAAAGUAUUAAUGAAGCUUAGGAAGCCUAGGAUUACCGCCACAAUUUGGUCCUCAGGAAAAGUUAUUUGCACAGGAGCCACAAGUGAAGAAGAAGCUAAAUUUGGUGCCAGACGAUUAGCUCGUAGUCUACAGAAACUAGGUUUUCAGGUAAUUUUCACAGAUUUUAAAGUUGUGAAUGUUUUAGCAGUGUGCAACAUGCCCUUUGAGAUCAGAUUGCCAGAAUUUACGAAGAAUAACAGACCUCAUGCGAGUUAUGAACCAGAACUUCAUCCUGCCGUGUGUUACAGAAUAAAAACUCUCAGAGCUACCUUACAGAUUUUUUCCACAGGCAGUAUCACAGUUACAGGGCCAAAUGUAAAGGCUGUUGCCAGUGCUGUGGAACAGAUUUACCCGUUCGUGUUUGAAAGCAGGAAAUAAAUUUUAUAAUUCACCACUUGAUGGUUAGGUUCCCUAACCAAGCACCUUUAAAGACUGCUGCACAUUGGACUAAAAGCAAAAAGGAAAACUGGACCAACCAUAGCAGAGGAAUACAGACUCUUUUACUUGCUCAUGGCUACAGUAUAAACUCCAGUUCUUUUGGAUUUUACUCUUAACAGUGCUGUAUUGUAAAAACGGAAGUUUACAAGAUAUGAAAUUGCUGCUUUUAAAAAGACAUUCUAUUUAUUUUUGCAGUAAUUUCUGUGUAUUCAUAAGCAAAGCUGUCACGAUGUGCACUACCUUUAAAACAUUAUUUUUUUUUCUUAGUUUGAGCUUGUGUUUUAUUUGUGAAUAGUCUUUUACAUUUUUGUAUGCUGAAUAUUGGGCACCAAAGAAGCUGUAAAAGUUAUCUUUUUCACCUGAUGAAUGUGCACAAAUAAAAGUUUGGAAAAUAUUUCUCUUCAUACCUGUUCUGUUAUAUUCCUUUCCCUUUUUCUAUUACACUUAAAAUUGUAUAGCUGCAAAUUAAUUUGAAACAAUGUAAGAAUAGUCUUUCGCUGAUACCUUCUGUUUCUAAUUGUAGUACGUGUAAAACUUUGUGCGUGGGUUAGAUUGAAAUCUAUAGUAGUUACGUAUGUUUAUCCGAGGAUGAAAUUUGGUUUGUUCCCAGUUCUCUUAACUACAUGCCAGACUUCAAGUAUUUUCUUGCUGUUACAUGAAGAGAAGACAUUUCUAAAUAUAAAGGUCUACAGCGAGUGUUUUCCUGUAGAUGAUGAGGAAAUCUUAUCAACUAAAGAAGCUACUGUAGAAAAACCAACUGCCUUGUCCACCUACUGGAUGCAAAAGGAAAAAAGUUACUAUGUGAGCUUCGGUUUUCAGGAAAGUGGUGUUGUGCUUCAACUUGAGAAGAUGGUAUGGUCACGCUAAUCCAGCCCCAGCCUAUUGCUGAAGGAUUAACACAGACCUUUUCUACGCUCUUCUUACUGUAUAAUAUUUUCAUGACAGGAGCUGCCAACAAGCAAUGAAGCUUGAUUCUGGCAUGUAUUAUUAUUGGUAUUAAUCUUGGACUUGGAAGCCAGUAGAUGUUUCUCUCAGUAAGUGCACAUUUGAAGCAGAAGAGAGGUGAAUGCUUAAAAGUAACUGCAAAUGCUACUUUUAAAAAGAUACAAUAAAUAUGUAUAAAUGUA